ACGCAUUUUAUGCAAUUCUCGAUUUUAGGUAUGGAAUUAGUUGGACCUUCCAAAAGAAAAGUUGCUUCAGUAGUAGAUGGAAUAUUUUUCGCUCUUGGACAAGUUUUUCUUGGAGUAAUGGCAUAUUUUUUUCGCAAUUAUCAAUAUUUACAACUGGUAAUUUCGCUACCAUCUGUCAUGUUUCUCAGUUAUUGGUGGUUAUUUAUUACGCAACAAGUGUUUAGGCUCGUCCCUGAGAGUGCUCGUUGGUUAAUUUCAUUGAAACGCUUCGAAGAAGCUGAUGUUAUCCUCCAGAGAGCCGCUAAAAUCAAUGGGAAAAAAUUGCCAGAAGCGUGGUGGGAACAGAUUGAGAGUCUUGACGAUUCAAAAUCGACUGCCAAAGAUCAAAUGCACAAGCGUUACAAUAUUUUGGAUCUUUUUCGGACGAGGCAAAUAAGAAUUCGAACUCUUGCCUGCCUUUUUAUUUGGCCGGUUGUAUCGAUGAUCUAUUAUGGAGUGUCGAUGAAAACCGAUUUUCUUGGUGGUGAUUUUUAUUUCACAUUUAUAAUUGGCGGCCUUUCUGAAAUUCCUGCAUUAUUACUUGUUUACUUAAUUCUCGAUCGAGUUGGUCGCAAAAUUGUGCUUUCAGCUGGUUAUUUUAUCGCUGCAUUUUGUAUACUUACAAAUCUUAUCAUACCAUCGUCAGCCCAUUGGUCGAUAAAUAUCGUUCAGUUUUUAUUGGCAAAAGCAGCAAUAACAUCGAGUUAUGCAGUUAUCUAUACUAUUACGCCUGAACUUUUCCCAACUGUAAUUCGCAAUAUUGCUAUGGGAUGUUGUUCAAUGAUUGCUCGUAUUGGAGCUAUAUCGGCUUCUUAUAUUUCUAUGUGGAUUGUAGAAUAUAUUGGUAAAUGGGCUAUGAUUAUUCCUUUUGGAAGUUUCGCAUUAGCUGCAGGAUUUGUUGUACUUUUUUUUAUUCCUGAAACAAUGGGCAAACCUCUUCCUGAAACAAUAAAUGAUAUAGAACGAAAGCAGUCAAUUGAUGCUGAAGCCAUGAUUAUGACAGUUAACCUAGAAAGAGAACAAGAACAUUAA